AUGGAGGAGGCAUCGGCAGCCGCAACGCCAACGUUGCAUGUGGAGGUGCAGCAGGCAGGCGCAGCAAAGGGAGCGUGGCAGGCGGGUGGUGGUGGCAAUGCCGACAGUGCACCCGGCCCCUCUCCCUCACAGGCGGAGGUGUAUGGCGCUGUGCAAGAAGGUGUGCGUAGGUGGGAGGGGGCGAUGGCAGCGUGGGCAGCAGCAGGAGUGGACGCAAAGAAGAGGCUGGCUGCUCAAGUGGCGCGUAGGCAUGCCCAAGGAGGCCCAUUCACGCCCCUGCACGGCGGGGAGAGCGGUGCUCCUGAUGGGCGUGCAGGCGUGGCAGCGAUGCCACAGGCUCCAUUGGCACAGGUCCCAUCAGCAGAGGCAGCACGCAGCAGUGGAGCCACUGGUGGAGCUGGUGGAUCUGGUGGAGCUGGUGAGCAGAUGGUCUUCAAACUCGAUGUCUCCACGGAAGAGUGUGGAGCAACGGCUGAAGAGGGCGAAAGUGUGGAGAGCGCAAGAGCAGCAGUGUUGGUGGGGCGGGGCGAGGGCGAGGGGCUGAGCGAGGAGGAGAGGGCGACCUUGCAGCUUCACAUGCUGGCGGGGCAGUUGGCAGUGGUGGGCGUGGUGGGGAGUGUCAAGGCCGGGCAGCAGCUGCGCGUGAUGGGGCGGUGGGUGAGCGACAAGUAUCGCCAGCAGCUCAAAGCAAGAGAGGCGCACGCUGUACUGCCCCAGGAGACAGACGACAUUGACAGGCACACAACGCUGGCCUCUGCCGGUGAUGGAGGAGCAGUGUUGCCGAUGUUACCACACGCCCUCCCUGCCAACGGUUCGCUCUGCAGCAUUGCUGAGCAUGUGUGCCCAUGUGUGUGGGAGCCCUUACCGCGCUCUUCCCUCUCGCUCACAGGUGAGCAAGGCGACCAAGGGCGGGGAGGCCCCAUCGCCGCCAUCCAACGCUUCGAUGCCCCCGCCAGGUCAGUGCCCCCGCCGUCCACCCUCCACGCUCCUGCUGCUGCCCCGCUCACUCAUUACUUCACUCAGCUAAUACUGCUGCAUACGGUUGGGACCCACCAUUCCUCCUCUUCACCACCAUUCCUCCUCUUCACCACCAUUCCUCCUCUUCACCAUCUUCACCUGUAUGUGCCAUAUCACCUUUCUCAUUGUUUCCCCUUCCUUCUCCUCAUCAUUGGGAGACGACGAAGAGGAAAAUGA